AUGGAUCAGAUAACAAAUGUUAUGGAGUAUCAAGCCAUCGCAAAGGAGAAAUUGCCAAAGAUGAUUUAUGACUAUUAUGCAUCUGGUGCUGAGGAUCAAUGGACUCUCCAAGAGAACCGAAAUGCAUUCUCAAGGAUUUUGUUUCGACCUCGUAUUCUUAUUGAUGUAAGCAGCAUAGACAUGACCACGACUGUCUUAGGCUUCAAAAUAUCAAUGCCUAUCAUGAUUGCUCCAACAGCUAUGCAGAAAAUGGCCCAUCCUGAAGGAGAAUUGGCAACGGCUAGAGCAGCAUCUGCUGCUGGCACAAUAAUGACAUUGUCCUCGUGGUCUACUUCCAGUGUUGAAGAGGUUGCUUCAACAGGACCUGGCAUCCGCUUUUUCCAGCUCUAUGUAUUAAAGGACAGGAAUGUGGUUGCACAGCAAGUAAAAAGAGCUGAAAGGGCUGGCUUCAAGGCAAUAGCCCUUACUGUGGAUACUCCAAGGCUUGGCCGUAGGGAAGCUGAUAUUAAGAAUAGGUUUGCUAUGCCACCUCAUUUGACACUGAAGAACUUUGAGGGUUUAGAUCUAGGCAGGAUAGAUAAGAUCAAUGGCUCUGGAUUAGCUCAAUAUGCCGCAGACCAAGUUGACCAAUCCCUAAACUGGAAGGAUGUAAAGUGGCUUCAAACGAUCACCAAAUUACCUAUUUUAGUGAAGGGUGUUUUAACUGCUGAGGAUGCCAGGAUAGCUGUACAAGCUGGAGCUGCAGGAAUCAUUGUGUCAAACCAUGGAGCUCGCCAGCUUGAUUAUGUACCUGCAACAAUUAUGGCUUUGGAAGAGGUUGUUAAAGCUGCAGAAGGCCGAGUACCUGUUUUUCUGGAUGGAGGGGUUCGGCGUGGGACAGAUGUCUUCAAAGCAUUGGCUCUUGGGGCAUCUGGAGUAUUUAUUGGGAGACCGGUGGUAUUUUCAUUGGCUGCUGAUGGUGAGGCGGGAGUUAGGAAGGUUCUCCAGAUUCUCCAUGAUGAAUUUGAGCUUACUAUGGCUUUAAGUGGUUGCCGCUCACUUAAGGAGAUUACUUGCAACCACGUUGUGGCUCCGUGGGAUGCCCCUCGUCUUGUGCCCAAGUUGUAA